AUGGAUGUUGUUAACAUGGAGGAGGGUCAUUAUGAGCCAAGGGAGAGUGUCCCUGGGAGUAGUGUUGAAAGUGAUGCUUCCAGCAGUCUGUUUGAAAGCUAUGAUACAAGUGACCAAAUGACUGAUACAGACAAGCAAUCUGAUGAUGAUGAUGACCUUAAGGAAGAUUUACAAAAACACAUACCUGAAUGUUAUAAGUCUGAUUCAAAUUUUACAUCACAUACAUCACAAGAUAUCACAAAUGAUGAAGAAUUUCAAGCAACAGCUUUAUGUCAAUUUAUGGAUAUAUUAAAUGAUCUGGAUGAAGUUUUGGACAAGUCUCUACUGGCUUGCCUUGAUGAUGGUACAAAGUCUCUUGAUAGUGAUGAAGAAGAUCUCAUAUGUAAGAUUAAAGAAUUUAUAGGUGAUAGAGAACAGUCAGAGCCCUCAGAUUCACAUAGUUCCUUAGAUAAUACACAAGUGAUAUGCUAUGGAGAAAGUUUAACAAAUGCUGAAACUGUACUAGAUAUACCCGUUAAGGCUCAAGUAAAUGUAGGUCGCUCUAAAAGCUUUUCAGAUAUAGAAGAGAAUGUACAAUUACCUAUCUUAGAGAGAGCUAGUACAACAAAUGAUACAUUACGUAACUCCAUGAGAAGAUUGGACCCUAUAUUGCUGCCAGCAAUAUCAACUCAGGAGCCUUCGGGAGAGGCUAUCACUUUGCCUGUUAUAUUAUUCUUAGAACACCAUGUUAAUUUGCGCCCGACCAGUGCCCCAAUUCAGCUGCAAGUUACAGCUGCAAAUUUGAGUCAAGAUAGUGCAUCAGGGCCUCUCAUAGUGGGCCGUAGAACUUUAUUAAUGAAUAGAACAUUAUCUCUACCAUCACCAGGAGAAAGUGAGAUAACUGCUGAAUGGACAGGGCAUAAUACAACUCGUAGUGCUGCAAGUGUAUCAAGUUCGUCAAGUGAUUCUUCAAAUGGCGUGCCUACAAUUAAUCAAAGCCCAUUUAUUGGCACAGAUGAAAGAAUUGAAGAUAAUGAGGAGACACCUCUAGGAGUGUGGCCACACCGUAUGAGUGCAAUGCUGGCUUGUCUCAGCUGUACCAUUGGGAUAUUUAAUAUAUCGAGAUUUGCUAUGUUCAGUGUACAUUAUGGAGCAAGCUUCAUAAUACAAUUCCUAAUACUAUCAUUUCUCAUCGGGAUACCGUUGUUCACGUUACACCUAUGUUUGGGCCAAGUCUUGGAAUCGGGUCCAAUAGAUAUGUGGAAGAUAUCGCCAAUAUUUCAAGGAGUUGGAAUCUCGUUGUUAUUGACGCAAGCAGUUAUUGGAAUAUAUAGUAUUAUUGGACUGUCUUGGAUUUUCGUUUACUUCAGGGAUUCGUUUAUAAACGCUGAGGAUAAAUACAAAUGGUCGCUACCACACGAUUUUAACUUUGAUGAUCCGGUACACAGAAACAUGACCCGAAGUAUACAUCUAACGAUCCCUCAGUAUUUCCAAAGUGAGGUGUUACAACGCAAUCACAAUAAUAGCUUCGGAACUAUCAAAUUCCAAGUUGCUUUUAACCUUGCUGUCGUGUGGAUGGUUGUAUUCGUAUCGCUAAGUAAAGGACUUCAUUCAUACGGAAAGGCGGUGUACGCGUUAAUAUUUCUGCCGAUUUGUGGAACACUAGUCCUCUGUACAAAGCUGCUGACCCUGAUACCUUAUGACUCUGUGACGAACAUCUUCGCGCAAACUGAAUGGAGUGAAUUCUUUCUCGCCAAUCAUAGCUGGGCAGCCGCGGCCCAAGAGACAUUCCUGACUUGGGGUCUGCUAGGUGCCUGUGUGAUGCAACUAACGGCCCAUAAGGACCCCAAACAUAAAAGCGCGUCGAUGUUGCAAAGGGAAAGCGCGUGUGUAGUCGCCUUUACAAUCGCUGUGUUAUUACUGGCCUCAUUUCUAGCAAACACGUGCAUACAAGUGUUGAAAAGCCACGGAUACAACUAUAUUCCUAGCAGUUUUGAGACAGAAACAUCAUCACAAUUUAUUUGGCCCACUUCUGAACCACUACCUGGCAACACUGCGUAUACACCCGUUCGGUAUAUGAGUCAGUAUGGCAGCCUCGUCGGUGUAACCGUUUGGCGAGCUGGCAACUUUCAGAAGACUUUUAGCGGCUGGCAACCCUUGCAGCUUCCCAUGCAAAUAGUACCAGCUACAUUGGCUGUGUUGCCAUCUAAUGUGUUGUCACCAGCCUGGGCGGUGAUAUUCUACUUUAUACUGAUUAUGUUCGGUAUAGCGCAACAACUCGCAAUAUGGCAUUGCGUGAUCUCUGGUAUAGUUGCCAUAAAUCGGGAGGCACUCCGGGUGUGGGAGACUAGUAUUACGUUUUUCAGUUGUGUUUUUGGACUUGCUAUGGGACUGUUGCUGUCUACUGAUGCUGGCGUCCGUAUAGUCCACUUCAUAGACUACGUAUGGGUGGGGGCGUGGUGGCAGUGUGUAUUGCAAGUGUCGCUAGCGAUAGGCGUGUUCGUGGUACGGGGGCGGCCCUACUCCCCGGACAUCGUGGUAGCAGCCCUCUUUAAGCCAGCCUCGAAGAUUUCUGCAUUGCUUUCUUUUACUUGGACUGUUAUAUUACCCGUGUCACUCACUGCAUUAUGUGUUAUGGACUUUCGAGUUGGUCAACACAAACUGUUAUACAGUUGGCGCAAACCAGCUGGAUAUUGGCCGCUUUGGUGCCGACAGAUGGCGGUGUUCAUACAACAAACAGUUCUGUUAUUGGUGCCGGCUGCAGCCGUUCUGCAAACGUGUCGUUACAUCAAUAAAGGACCACCGGAUAUAUUAGAGCGCGUCCAAAACCUGUACCGUCCCCGCAUGGGUUCUCCCCACGAGUCUCGUCCCCCUGCGCCCCUUCCUCCUCCUACCUCCCGUCCAGCGCCCCCUGACCCCCCUCCUAAGUACACCCCUCCCCCGUCGUACUCAACGGCCACGGGAGCCCGACUGCUUAACACGUUGCGCAGGAGUUUCAGGACGUUGAGAAGGAUAACAUCACAACGCACGGAAUUAUCGGAAGAAACGACACAACUCCCCACUUCACUGAGUGAAACUGUCGAACGACAACCCACACAAACACAAAACACACACGCGCUCAUUGACGAGACAGACUCACACAGGCCGUCCUCUUCGCACUCGUUAACCCUCACCCGCGAUCUACUCCGACGUUCUUUUAUUAAAACCGACCAAAAUAUACGCUCGAGUCUAAGACGGAGCUUUAAAUACGGCAUUAAUAACGCCUUGACAACGAGUAAUGAGCAGUUGGUGAGGGAUGUGGAACCCAUUUCGAAUACAGUGGCCAUGUCCGCCAUGUUGGGGGAAUCGGAGACAUCGCAUAAUAGAAGUAUCGCUUCUGUGAUAUAA